GCCAAGCUCUCGGCCAAGGUCAUUUUACUUCUGUACUUCUUGUCGACACAUUGGUAGCAUUGAUUCAAUUCCUCUUCCAUUUUUUUUUCUUUGGCUAGUUGUAAAGGGUCUAUGAACUUUCGAUAGUUGCUGAGAUACCUUCGUUGGUCUGCGGAAAUGGAUCAAUUUGAGAGAGAAGCGCUGUUCAAUGAAGACUUUACACAGAUUAAAGACCGCUCCGAAGAAUAUCAAGAUAGCAAUAACUUCACCAAGGACCGGUAUACUGUUUUUCAUAUUAUUAACCCGUGCAUUGUUAUCCCAUGGCUUCUCGUUGUUGUCUUAUCAAUCAUCAAUUUGUUGCUUCUAGCAAAGGUCCACAACCAAAAUGGCACUGUAAUUGCAACGGAGGCAUUAUAUAGCCCGGUUGAACAUCUCAUCCGGCAUGAGGAACGGUUAUUUCAGUCAUCCUUGAGUCCAAACCUGACUCCAUAUCAAGGAGCCCCGUCUCUUGAAGUCGACGGAAAGUGGGAAGAGCUCUAUUUGAUGGGAGAUAUAGCAAUAUCUAGCGACGAAGCCGGCAAGUUAUUGAACCAGACAGCAACGAUACGAAACGACCCACAGGGGAGAUACAUAAUCAAUAUUGAUGUAUUUCACUCCCUUCAUUGCCUGCAUUCACUUCGGAAAGUUGUGUAUUCAGAAUAUUACCUUGCGGGGUCUGCUGCGACCGCAAAAAAGCCCCCCGGCUUUGAUGUGAACCACUUGGAUCAUUGUGUUGAUCAUCUCCGCCAGUCACUGAUGUGCGGUGUAGAUAUAUCGGUGAUGCCCUUUGAAGUGGUCUGAAUCUAAACAUAAGUACGUACCAGAGUUCGAAGUACCUCAUAUCUGCAGGAACUUUGAUUUGAUUCGCGAUUGGGCACGUCAGCAUGCGGUGAGGGAGAAUCGUAAUGGAGAGAUCUUGUCAGAGGGAGUAGUCACAGAGUGAAUAAGUCAGGAGGCAGUAUCAGGGUAUAAAUGGAAUUGGCCAGAAAUAGGGUUAGAUCUAUACUACUACACGGCUACUAUAUAGGAGUUUUGCUGCUGCUUUUAAUAUUCACUCUACGUAUGACAACAAUUAUAAAAGCAUAUAUCGUAUUGUGAGGGGCGGAUUUUCCAAGAUUAAAUUACUUACAACAACCACAUAUUUACGAAUAGUUA